CUUAAUUACUAAUUUUUCCGUUCCGCAUCAACCUCUCUUCUGUUCUAGAAGUUCCUUCAUGCAUGCAAUGUCGUGAUCAGAUCGUGUCUGACCUUUUAGUUUUUUAAACACAAAACCCAAGGCUUCUUGUGAUUGCUGGGGAUGGGGGAUCAGAAAGAGCCGACAAUGGUUCCCAAAUCCACUUCGUUUAGUAUCAAGAGCCUGCUGUUUCCUUCUAAAAGUGACAACCCAAACUCAGGGGCCCCAGAAAAGAAAACUCUGCCUGAGGAAAUGGAAUCGUGUUAUUUUAACCAGGACAAUCACAGGGAGGAAGAGGCAGACGGACCGAAAGAACAGAAUAAAAAUGGGAAAUACGACAAACCGGCGUUCAGUUACAACGCUUUAAUAAUGAUGGCUAUCAGACAGAGUCCAGAAAAGAGACUGACUCUCAAUGGCAUCUAUGAGUUUAUCAUGAACAAUUUCCCUUACUAUAGAGAGCACAAACAAGGCUGGCAAAACUCAAUUCGGCACAACCUGAGCCUGAAUAAAUGCUUUGUGAAAGUACCAAGGCAUUACGAUGAUCCAGGAAAGGGGAACUACUGGAUGCUGGACCCGUCGAGCGACGAUGUCUUUAUCGGGGGGACAACUGGCAAACUUCGGAGGCGGUCAACAACAUCGAGGGGCAAGUUGGCACUGAAAAAAGGACUUCGGUUUGGGCCUCUCGGGCUGGGAUUGAGCGACAGGGCAAGCAACCCUUUGUACUGGCAAAUAUCGCCAUUUUUAUCUUUGCAUCACCCUCAUUAUAACAGGUCUGCAUCAGGAUUUCUGAGCCAGGGCCAUGCUUACGGCUCUCUGCUUUCCGGGAUUGACCAGUUGGGAAACGGGGACCUGUCUCGUCCGAUAUUGGGUGGAUCUGGUCUGACAAACAGUUACGGCGUGAGCACGUCUUCUGUCAGUUUACUAUCAGGACAGUCUGGCUAUUUCGUCUCUGGAGCCCAGCACUCGCAGCCCGUUCAGCACAAUGGAGGCGGUUUCGGGGUACCAUCCAGCUCGCCCUCUACACUGAUUUCUGAAACACUGAGACCGUCACUGCCUUCCUUUACGUCGGGUGUUUCUACGGGAUUUGCUGGGGUCCUGUCGCAUCAAAACAGGGUUACAUCUGCUAGUUCGUUUUUAAACUGAUCCUAUUACUUCCAGGCUGGGCAAUGAGUAACAUGCAAACUAAAAAAUAUGGUUUCCCAAAUUGACAAACUUAUGUUAUUUUUUAUAAGAAAUAAAUUAAAAAUAAUGAUAAUUAAUGCUGUAAGUAAAAUGCUAGCUGCAAAAAAAAAAGCAUAAAUGAAAGACAUUAUUUGUCAUGACCUGUUGUAAUAACACAUCCAAAACCCUUGCAUUCCUUACGAGCAAAAUUGUUCUUUUUUUGGUUUGUUUUGUCCAUAAACACAAUUGGAAAGGGAAGACCCUUGUUACCUUAGGAUUAUUUUUACCUGUGAUAUUUAGUUUAAUUUAUGUUUCUGUUUUCGUGUUUUUAUUGAAAUUGUAUUACCAUUACAAAUUUCAAUCCGUCAGUCUAAAGAUAAACUACAUAGUUCCUUAAAUUAUUUAGUAUUUUAUGUAAAUAAUAUUUAAGUGUUUUAUUCGCGACAAGAAUAUUAAUAAUAAAGUGGAUUUGUCCAUAUAAACGCCUUAAUAAACAAAAAUCAGUGCUGGCGACCGUGUAUGGGUAUACACACUGACUGUGUUGUGGUUUUAUUUGAUCAGUUCAGGUUUCAUAUAGAUCUGCUAAAAUAAACAAACACACACACACACACACACACACACACACACACACACACACACACACACACACAUAUAUAUAUAUUGUAAUGUUAUCAUCCGACUAUAAAAUGAAAGAUGCAAUAAUUGUUGAACUAUACCGUUGACAUUUUAUUUGUGUGUGUUUUUCUUUUCGUGAUUGUGUAAAUGCUUAGAGGGAGCAACACAUAUAUAUAAAGCAGAAGCCUGCGUGUAGGCCUCUGUGUGGGUCAGCUAUGUUUGUUUAUGUUUAUUUGUUUAUUUAGCAGUGGUCGUUUUAUUGCCCAGAUCGCACCAUAGAAUGGAUCUUGUAUGAUCCCCACCAAUUAUUAUCGACCGUGACGUAAUAGCGCUAGGUACAAUGUGACCAUACAUUUUAAAAGAAAAAAAAGCGUCUAUCUUUGUAAAGGGGUAUUAUAAACAAUUGGUUUUUUAAUUAUUAUUAUUAUUAUAUUUUUAAAAAAUGUAUUUACACAGCAUAAAAAGAAUGUACUAUAGGCAGUUGGAUCCCCCCUAUAUAUAUAUAUAUAUAUAUAUAUAUAUAUAUAUAUAUAUAUAUAUAGACACACACACACACACACAAUUUAUAGGCCUACAGUUCUACUAUUAUCCAAAGAUGUCUAACAUCCACAUACCGGAUUCAUUUAAGUGUCUGCAUUUUAUUAUUAUUAUUUUUUAAUGUUAUUUCAACGUUUUGCAUUUUUAAUUUCAACGCUAUACAGUAAUGAUUUAGGCUACGUAUGUUUUAAUUAUUGUCUUCUUUUUUUGUUUAUUUCUGUAAAGAAUUUUAACAAGGUUAAAGUGAAACUAAAAUAAAAUAUGAUGUUUUUUUUUUUUGGUUUGUUUUGGUUAAGACCAUAUACUCAGUAUUGAUAUAUUUGUGCCUGUUUGUACAGCAUAUCUCCUUUACCAGGGGAAUUAUAUCCACAUGCAAUAUUACCGUAUUUUAGUGUAGGAGUAUUUAAAAAGGCAACACUUACUGGAAGCAGUUUGUUUAUAAUGUUUAAUACAACAUAUUCCUCUUUGUACUUGUGGGUCUUUAUGGUGGUAUAUGGGAUAUAUUUAGGAUGCAUUAUCUUUUGAUGUAGUAAGAUGAUAGCUUGUAAUUUAGUCUGAAACACGUGUUUUUUAAAAUAUAAAUAUAAUUGUCCAUGUAUCGAAUAAGCCUGAAAAUUUCAAGACUUGUCUAUUUACAUUAUUGUAGAUGUGCACAUGUAUAUAAUAAAUAUUUAGGCCUGAUGUAAUUUGAUAGGGAAUAAAGAUUUCUUUCUUGAGGGCGAUUAAGAAAGUUUAUGUAAAACACGGAGGAGGGGAAAGAUACAUAACGUUUUCAUUUUGUGACAGUGUUGUAUUUAUUCGCGGCUUCUCGCGUGCGCGUGCACACUCUGUUUUAAUACGUUUUCUUCUAUGGGUGUUUGUUUUUGUCAAAGCUGUGGUGUGGGGAGGAAACGUGUUAUAGAUUUUCAUACCAAAGCUGUAGCAAAAACAAUGCAAAUGCCCUGUUAGAUCUAAGCAUAUAAUAAUCAAUCCAUGUAGGACAUAGGCUGAUGUGCCGUGCUGGAGAAACAUUCGACAAGUUAUAAUUUAAAGGUUUUCUACACCACAAUAAACUGCAGCGUUUCGGAUGUCCGAACUCAUGAACAGAAACACAGAGAUUAUGUCAGAAUUUCUCAAUUUCUUAUUUUUUUUAUUCUUUAUUCAUGAGUAUGAAGGUUAAAAGUGAAUACGAAGACGUUUCGACCUCAAACGCCCUCAUCACAAUGAAAUAAAUAGGCCCGUGCAAGUUAUGCGCAGUGCCUGUACACAGACUUUUACGAUCUUCUUUUUAUUAUUAUUAUUAUUAUUAUUAUUAUUAUUA